GCCGGGAGGGGCGGGGGCAGCGGCCGCCGCCGUUUGAUGGAUCCGAGGAUCGCCUGGUUCCAGCCAGAGCAGCUCGGACCGUCCAACAGUCUGUGGAUGCAGAUCUGGGAGACGACCCAGGGGCUGAGGAACCUCUACUUCAACCACCACUGUCACAGCAGCGGCGGCGCGAGCGGCGGCGGCGGCGGCGGCGGCAGCAGCACGGCCACCGGCGGGAGCGGCAGCAGCACCGGCUGCCCCAGCGGCGCGGCCUCGGCCCCGGCCCCGGCCGGCAUGUACCGCUCCGGGGAGCGCCUGCUGGGCGGCCACGCGCUGCCCGCCGAGCAGCGGGACUUCCUGCCCCUGGAGACGACCAACAACAACAACAACCACCACCAGCCCGCGGCCUGGGCCCGCCGGGCGGCCGCGGGCCCCUCGGCGUCCCCGUCCCCGUCCCCGGCCUCGUCCCCGCACCCCUCGGCCGCCGUGUCCGCCGCCGAGCCCAGCGACCCGGCCUCGGGCAGCAGCAACAAGAGGAAGCGCGACAACAAGGCCAGCACCUACGGACUCAACUACAGCCUGCUGCAGCCCAGCGGCGGCCGGGCCUCGGGGGGCGGCCGGGCCGACGGCGGCGGGGGCGUGUACAGCGGGACCCCGUGGAAGCGGAGGAACUACAACCAGGGAGUCGUGGGUCUGCAUGAGGAAAUCAGUGAUUUUUAUGAGUACAUGUCUCCAAGACCCGAGGAGGAGAAGAUGCGCAUGGAGGUGGUGAACAGGAUUGAGAGUGUGAUCAAGGAGCUGUGGCCGAGUGCUGACGUCCAGAUAUUUGGAAGUUUUAAAACAGGCCUGUAUCUACCCACUAGUGACAUCGAUCUCGUGGUGUUUGGGAAGUGGGAAAACCUGCCGCUGUGGACCCUGGAAGAGGCUCUCCGGAAGCACAAAGUUGCAGAUGAGGAUUCCGUGAAAGUUCUAGACAAAGCCACCGUACCUAUUAUUAAAUUAACAGAUUCUUUCACUGAAGUGAAAGUUGAUAUCAGCUUUAACGUGCAGAAUGGCGUGAGAGCCGCGGACCUCAUCAAAGAUUUUACUAAGAAAUAUCCUGUAUUACCCUACUUGGUUUUAGUACUGAAGCAAUUCUUACUCCAGAGGGAUCUUAAUGAAGUCUUCACAGGUGGAAUUGGGUCUUAUAGUCUCUUUUUAAUGGCGGUCAGUUUCCUUCAGUUACAUCCCAGGGAAGAUGCUUGCAUCCCCAAUACAAACUAUGGUGUUCUCUUAAUAGAAUUUUUUGAAUUAUACGGACGACACUUCAAUUAUUUAAAGACCGGCAUCCGGAUAAAGGAUGGUGGUUCAUAUGUGGCCAAAGAUGAAGUACAGAAAAAUAUGCUGGAUGGCUACCGGCCGUCAAUGCUGUACAUUGAGGAUCCUUUACAACCAGGUAAUGAUGUUGGCAGGAGUUCAUACGGGGCCAUGCAAGUGAAACAGGCCUUCGAUUAUGCCUACGUGGUUUUGAGUCACGCUGUAUCGCCAAUAGCAAAGUACUAUCCCAACAACGAAACAGAGAGCAUAUUGGGUAGAAUAAUUCGAGUAACGGACGAAGUCGCCACGUAUAGAGAUUGGAUCUCCAAGCAGUGGGGCUUGCAGAACAGGCCUGAGCCCUCGUGCAAUGGAAAUGGCGUGACGUUGAUCGUAGACACUCAGCAGCUGGAUAAGUGUAACAAUAAUCUGGCUGAAGACAACGACACCCUCGGGAAAUGCCGAAGUAAGACUUCGGAGUCUCUCAGCAAACACUCCUCCAACUCCUCCUCGGGCCCAGUGUCGUCCUCUUCCGCCACGCAGUCCAGUUCCAGUGAUGUUGAUUCUGACGCGACGCCCUGCAAAACCCCGAAGCAGCUACUCUGCCGCCCAUCCCCCGGGACUCGGGUAGGGUCACAAGAUGUGUCCUUGGAGCCGCCACAGCCAGCUGGGAAGACACAAAGCACCCAGACCACUAACACGCCCAGCAGCACCAACAAAUCGCAGCACGGAGCAGGAAGGCUCUUUCGUUCCUCCAGCAAAGGCUUUCAAGGUACAGCUCCAACGGGCCAUGGUUCCUUGAUGACAAACAAGCCACAUCAAGGCAAAUCCAAUAGUCAGUAUUACCAUGGCAAAAAGAGGAAACACAAGAGGGAGGCGGCCCUCUCUGACCUGUGCAGAUAGUCGGCGCUGUGCGGUGGACUGUCGUCUGCGUGCGGGACAGGUGCACAGGGACUCCUGGGGGCCGGUCAGGAGCCUCACGCUGUCAAACACUGACUUAGCAACUGCAUUUUUUCCCAGCUCGCCACGGAAUGGAUCAUGAAGACUGACAACUGCAAAAAAAACAAAACAAAAAAAACACAAAAAAACCACAAAAAGCAAGCAAAAAAAGGGGGGGGUGGGGGGAAAGGCUGCUUAUUUGAGAAGUCAUAUGCCACAGUAACAGGGUCAUUUUGAGAUUUGAAGCUUGAAUGUAAAAUAAAUCUAUUUCUCAUUGGCUUUAUGCGGCGGUUUAGGGGAUAGUGCCGAGUGUGGGUGGGGAGGCAGAAACUAGCGGUGACUUCAGAGGAGGGCGGGGAGGCCAGAGUCCAGCAGGGGCGCGAUCUGUGCAUGUUGUUGUUGUUGUUUUUUAAACUAUUUUUGCAUAUAUUUACCAUUUUAUUGUGUGUACAUAUAGAAGACCAUAUAGGAAAUUGAUAUUUGUAAUAGUGGAUUUGUUAAUACUUUUUACAUAACAUUACUGUUUAAAUUGUAAACAGAUUUUUUUCUCAGGAUUAGUUGGCAAACUCUGACCUGUCUUACCAUCCGUGUGUAAGGAAGUGAUUCGUUCCUCCUCUUACUCAGUUUGUUUUCCUCAGCGUUGAAAUGACUUAAUCCUUGUGGCCUCCUGCAAAAAAUAUGUUUCUAAAGGAAAGGUUUAUGGUGGCAAGUGACAUUUAUUUUAUUUUGUUUAGCUCAUAAACACACAAAAAUUGGACUAUGUACUUUUGUGUAAACACUGAAAAAUCUCUUCCUCAUCUCUUUGAGAAGCACUCGCUGUGGUUCUCCGCAUCGCUGUCGCCCCAGGCCGUGGACGGUGACACGGCUCUGGGUUUCUUUCCUGUAGUCUCCCCCUGUCCCUCUUCUCCCGGGUGUCUGGUGUGGCUGCGAGCUGCGGCCUCUGCAUGCUGGCUCCUCUCACCGCGUGCUGCGCGUGCCCGUCUCUCAUCGCUUUCUUUUUUCAGUCCAUGCUUACCAACUGUGGGAGAGAGCAACUGUAAACAGCUUUAAUUAAAUCAUACUUACACAUACACACAUUAAAAAAACACACAUAAACUAUUUUCUUAUACUCCACUUUAUGUUUUUGGUAUUGUUGAUCUUUAAAAAUUAAAUGGUCUUUGAUAAUGGAGCUAUUUUGUAUUGCCUUAUUAAGACCAAAUACUUCUUGUCAUCCCUUUCUUUAUCCUCUGCUCUCAUGGGAUUGUUACCGUUAAUUAAAACUUUUUUAAACAUUGGCUUGUUUUAAUCAUACUGUAAAUUUUGGUUGUAGUUAGCUCUUGAGUGCAAAUGAGAUGUAUAAUUGUGUUAUCCAUCACCUGUUGAGUUUGAAACUCAGUUGGGACUAUUUAAUGUGGAAUGUAACUGCCAGUUGGGAAAAGGUCUUCUUGUGAGGUGAAAGCUCUUAGGUCUGGCUUCCGUGUGUGUGGCUCUGUUAAAUGCAGCCAUUUCUGAGAUGAGAUUCUUUUAUACAUAUUAUAUAUAUAUAUAUAUAUAUACACACACAUAUAAAGUACUAUUGGCUUUUAGGAAUUUCUUUUAUAUACAUUUAUGAAAUAUUGAAGACCAAUCAGACCAUGAAUGGACACUUAGUGCAACUUUUUAUAAAGAAAAUAAUGCUAAAAUAAGACCAAAACUGAUGUCAUCACUGAAAUUAAUUUUCACUAUGUUCGUAUUUCAAUUCACAACGGAAAAAAAAAAAAUGUGUUCCAAAAACUGGAAACUCAUAGUACCUGUGUAAACUGUGGAAAAUUUUAAAUGUGAUGUUAUUUUAACAAUGUUUUAAAUUUUAGAGUCACAUUUUAUUCUGAUCAGAAUUUUUAUCAAGAUGUUGAGCUUUUGUUUGUUUUUUUAAACUAGUUUGUCAUAACAUUGUGCAUAAUCACAGUAUUUAUUUUCUAGGACUAUUGUGAAUGUGUGGACUUAUGUUUACUGCUAAGGGAACAAUUAUUUAUAAAAUAAUAUUAAAUCCAGUAUUAGCUGCCUCUUUCAGACACGUCAUACCUGCAGAGAUCCGUGUUACAUUCACCACACUGAAUUUUUUUUAAAUGAAUCACCCUCGUUGUUGGAAGUUCAUGUACUCUUAGGGUGCGAAUAUUCGUGUUCCAAUAAGCAUGUGAUUAUAUUAAGGUGGUGGUAGCGGGAAGAUCAUCUUGAUUCCAUUGGGAAUCUUAGGUUUUCGUAAAUCUAUUGGGAAAAUAGUUUUUCCUGUACUGCUGAAGUUUCUUUUUGGUAAACAGUAUCUUUCUAAAAGAAAAAACAAAAGCAUGAAGGAGAACGCGAGGUGUGUACCCAUUUCCUCUGAUGACCAGCGUUGUACUCGUGAAUACUGUGUACCUUGCGAUGAACAGUGUGGAAGCUGCUCAUUUUUCAAAUCUGAAGUAAAAUACUUUCAAGAA